GUCAGUCUGAAGAGCUGAGGAACUAUAAAAGAGCUCUGAGGAUGCUGAGAAACCCAGUGUGGGACCUACCACGAAUUGUCUAUCAGUCUCACCUUGCUAUCCAGUUCUAUUCCUUGUUUUGCUAUUAUGUACAAAGAAAUCGUGAUGACCCUGAGCCUGCUGGUGGCGCUGGCAUACCGAGCCCAAGCCACUGAGGGUCACCCCAUUUAUGGGGUGAAGCUGUGCGGAAGAGAAUUUAUCCGUGCGGUCAUCUUCACCUGUGGAGGCUCACGCUGGAGAAGAUCUGUGGGGAUGCCAGGUGAAGCUGGUGCUUUAACCGGGGAUUUUCUGUCUGCUCAUGAUGAUGAGGUCUCAGACAGUUGGAGCGCCCAGCUCAUCCCACACCUUUCCUACAAAGCCCAGGCUGACCCGGAGGUGGACGGCUUGGCCGGUGAAGCUCCAGAGAGCUUAGCGUUCAUCCGCCCGGCUCGCUCGCUCAUCUCAGAUGAGGUCCUCGAGGCUCUGCGCACCUCUGACAGGAAAGGCAGGGAUGUGGUCGUGGGCUUGUCCAACGCUUGCUGCAAGUGGGGCUGCAGCAAGAGCGAGAUCAGCUCUCUGUGCUAAAAACGGACUCUCCGGCUCAGAUUGUCUAUACACGUCGAUCUCAGACUGUCGUGUCCGUGUCUGCCAUGUUUGAUGUUUUGGUUGGGAUGGUAUUUUUAAGUGGCCUAGUUUGAAUACAGCAGCUGGGAUGUAACGUAUUAAAAUGUAUGCAAGUGUGGUGCCUCGUUCAACGAAAGUGUUUUUCUGUGAAUUACACUCUGUCCUGUCUUGCUCUGAUUGUCCCCAAAUAAAAAGCUUUGUUUUGCAAUACAUUUUAUUGUCAUGUGAUUGUGUUACAGGCGUGUGUGAGGAUAAUGGUGACACAACCAGGGAAAGAAAGUCACUUUGAGUUCUCCUUUUAUGCUUUUAUGGUCCAUGGAUGAUCCAAUCUUCACAAAGAACAUUGCCCAUUAUCUGAUAGAUCUAAAUUCCUAUAUGACCAAACAGGUUAUAACUGACAGACGCAGUUUAUGCUCUUAUAUUAAAUCCAGGCAGUCAAUCAUGUUACAUGUUAUGACAUGUUAUGGAAAUGAUCGUGUCUCAUGAGCAAACAAACAACUCUAUUUCCCAGCAAACCCUGCGACCAUGUGACAUGGCUGACACGAACCGCAGUUUCAGUGGUGGAUGAAGUACACAAACCAUGUACUUAAGUAAAAUUAGAUAUACACAAGGUAAAAUAUGACUCCA